AUGGUGACCAAGCUCAAGAUGAAAAUGGACGACCGGCUCUCCCAUGCGUGGUUGUCGCUGUCCAAGCGCCUCUCCAGUAGCGGUAGCAGUCCCCGUCGUUGCCCCCCGGUCACCGUCAAAGAAAAGACCGAAGGCGACGCUUUACAUGACCAGUAUCGACAAAACGGUGGCAAGCCAGAACAAUUGGGAUGA